AUGGACGAGGAACGCGCCAGAGUUUUGAAUGUCUACCGCCGUACGAUUGUCGAGCAUGGCGACUGGGAAGACAAGGUCAAAGAGGCUCGCCUGGGCGUCAGGAGGCUCGAGAAGGAGUACGAAAAGUCAGAGGACGACCUGAAGGCGCUGCAGAGCGCUGGACAGAUUGUGGGCGAGGUGUUUAAGCAGCUGGACGAGGACCGUUUCAUUGUGAAGUCAUCGACAGGGCCGCGCUAUGUGGUCGGGUGCCGGAAGCGGGUGAACAAGGCCGAGCUGAAGCAGGGCUCUCGUGUGUCGCUGGACAUGACGACACUGACAAUCAUGCGCAAGCUGCCUCGUGAGGUCGACCCCCUCGUAUACAACAUGAGCGCUGAAAAGCCCGAGGACGUGUCGUUUGCUGGUGUCGGUGGUCUUUCGGAGCAGAUCCGCGAGCUGCGCGAGGUCAUCGAGCUCCCGCUGAUGAACCCCGAGCUGUUCCUGCGCGUAGGUGUGAGCCCACCCAAGGGUGUGCUCCUGUACGGUCCACCCGGAACUGGAAAGACGCUGCUAGCCAAGGCUGUGGCGAACUCGCUGGAGACAAACUUCCUGAAGGUGGUAAGCAGUGCCAUUGUGGACAAGUAUAUUGGCGAGAGCUCGCGCAUUGUGCGUGAGAUGUUUGGGUAUGCGCGCGACCACGAGCCGUGCAUCAUCUUCAUGGACGAGAUCGACGCUAUUGGUGGCCGGCGUUUCUCCGAGAGCACAUCGGCGGAUCGUGAGAUCCAGCGCACGCUGAUGGAGCUGCUGAACCAGAUGGACGGUUUCGACGUGCUGGGCAAGGUCAAAAUGAUCAUGGCUACGAACCGGCCCGACACGCUUGAUCCGGCUCUGCUGCGCCCAGGCCGCCUGGACCGCAAGAUCGAGAUCCCGCUGCCCAACGAGCAGGGCCGCACAGAGAUCCUCAAGAUCCACGCUGCCGGCAUCGCCAAGCAUGGCGAGAUCGACUAUGAGGCCAUUGUCAAGCUCAGCGACGAGUUCAAUGGUGCCGAUCUGCGUAACGUGUGCACUGAGGCUGGCAUGUUUGCCAUCCGCGAGGAGCGCGACUAUGUCAUUCAGGACGACUUCAUGAAGGCGGUGCGCAAGGUCGCCGAUGCCAAGAAGCUCGAGUCCAAGCUCGAGUACGAAAAGCUCUAAGUGCCAUUCUCACUCUUUGUCAACAAGUUGUUUUUACAUUUCCUGCUCUGCGAACAAGGCUGUUGUGCCUCAGUAGAUGGUGACUCUUCCCUAGUCAGCAGUAUUAUUCGCCCAUCAUGGUAGCGUACGAGAAUGGUCUUAUCCAACAAACCGAUAGCCUUUCCUUGUAUGAAGUG